AUGAUGCAGCGGAGACUCUUUUCGACGUUUAGAGUGCUUCAGCAUGAUAAUCCACUAGGCCUUCCUCGCUCCGGCACCCCGCCGUCGCUCCGGAGCCGUCGUGGAUUACCGGAGAAGCGCAAGAUUCGAGAUGUGAAAAAGGUGAUUGCAGUUUCAUCUGCUAAGGGUGGCGUGGGGAAGUCGACGGUAGCGACGAACCUCGCCCUCUCCUUUGCCCGCCGCGGCAUUCGCACCGGCAUUCUAGAUACAGAUAUCUUCGGUCCCUCAAUCCCAACACUCCUCAAUCUCUCCGGCCAGCCGCGGCUCGACGAAAGUGACCGCCUCCUCCCACUCACAAACUACGGCCUAAAGUCCAUGUCCAUGGGCUACCUCCUCCCAUCCCCGGAACAGGAUCCCGCCGCUGACAUUAACACCAGCCAAACGCCAAUGGACACGACACCGAUUUCCUGGCGCGGGCUAAUGGUCACGAAGGCGAUGCACCAACUCCUGCACUCAGUGUCAUGGGGCCCGCUCGAUGUUCUAUUUCUGGAUCUUCCGCCGGGAACGGGAGACGUACAGCUCACAAUUAACCAAGAGAUCAUACUCGACGGCGCUGUUAUCGUGACGACACCGCAGGACAUCGCUCUGCGAGAUGCCGUCCGCGGUUUCGGGCUGUUUAGUAAAAUGGACGUCCCCGUGCUAGGAAUGGUGCGCAAUAUGGCUUUCUUUGCGUGCCCGAACUGCGGCCAUCAAACGCGUAUCUUCUCGCAUGGUGAACAUCACCAUCACGGCGACGACCCCGAUGACUCCGGUGUCGUGGCGCAGUGCAAGCGGCUCGGUGUGCAGUUCCUCGGUGACAUCCCGCUUGACGCGAAGGUGUGCGAGGAUGCGGAUAAGGGUGUUCCGACGAUGGUGAGCGAGGAGGGUGAGGAGAGGAGUGUUAGGAGGCAGGCGUUUUUGGAUGUUGCGGAGAAGAUUGCGGGGAAGGUUGGGUUGAGUUGGUAG